GGAUUGUGGUUUUCCCAGUUCAAUGAUGAUCACUUUUCUCUGACUACUCCUAGACCUUGCUUUCUAGAGGCAGAUCCUUACAGAUCAUUAUUACACUUCUGAACAAGCAGGAAUGUUGCUUUGGGGAAAAAUAACCAGUUCCUGGCAUCUUGAAAAAGUAACUCAGAGGAUGCAGCCAGUCAUAUAAAGGAUUCUCUUCUUCACUGAAUGGAAGAAAGACGUGAACUACAAACCUGAAUGCAACCUGAAAGGUCCAAGUAGAUGAGCUUGUGACAGCCUUUUCCAGAGCCCAGACUAACAAGGGAAAAAACAUGAAUAAGUAUCUUUAAAUCAUCAUCAUAACUUUUAUACAUCACAGCCAUUUUCUUUGGAAGUGUCAAAGUACAAUACUGAGGCACAUGAUGCUACUGUUACUCACUUGAAGUAUGGUAAUUUUAACAUUCCAGUUCAAGGAAACAUUAUACACUACGCAGUCCUACGGAACACAGGGGACUUUUCGCAUCACUGAAGGCAAAAGGACCAUCAAGAUAGCUGAAAAUUCAAUACCAAUCAACUUGGAGGAUAGUUUGUACUUUUGAACUGUAUUCCUGCAACGAAAGAUUUGAGAGAGGGAUCCCACACACGCCAGCUGUGCUGCCUCAAAUCUGUACAACACUGAUUAAGACCAUCCAAAAAUUUCAACUGUUCCAGCUGCCACAGAAAACCACUGGGGCCAGCUGAAUGUCAGGAUGCAAGUAGUUACUAUUAUACUACUACUACUUCUUUGUAAAGCGUCAGACUGUAGGAAGACAAGGAACAGGAGUUUGAGAAACAAUGAAAGGGAAAACAUCUUAAGGAAAGCAUCUAGCACUGUUAAGCGCAAUGCCCGGGGUCUAGCAUGUGAUAUAUACACUUACCUUCAUGAGAAAUAUAUAGAUUGUCAGGAAAGAAAGUUGAUUUUUGUGGCACCUGAUUGGCCAGAGGAUUUAAAACACAUGCUGCUAGCAAGAAACAAGAUUCGUAAACUGAAGAAUAAUAUGUUUUCCAGGUAUAAAGCACUGAAAAGUCUGGAUUUACAGCAGAAUGAAAUAUCAAAAAUUGAGAGUGAGGCUUUUUUUGGUUUGAAUAAACUUACCACACUCUUACUUCAGCAUAACCAAAUUAAGAGUUUAUCCGAGGAGAUUUUUAUUUAUACUCCCAGUCUAAACUACCUACGUCUUUAUGAUAAUCCCUGGCAUUGCAACUGUGAACUAGAAACUCUUGUUGCAAUGCUACAGGUUCCAACUAACAGGAAUUUGGGAAAUUAUGCCAAGUGUGUGCACCCAAUAGAACUGAAAAACCAAAAGCUAAAGCAGAUAAAAACUGAACAGCUAUGUAGUGAAGAGGACAGGCAGGACCCCCAAAACAUAAAACAGAAGCCUGAAGCUGUCAAACCAGAAUUUGAUUCCUCUUUGUGCCACAUGUAUGUGUUUCCUGUACCAACUCUGAACUGCAAAAGAAAAGAUUUAAAGAAAGUUCCGGGUAAUAUACCUCCAGAUAUAGUUAAACUUGAUUUGUCCAGCAACAAAAUCAGACAACUACGAGCCAAAGAGUUUGAAGAUGUCAGUGAACUGAAGACAUUAAACCUAAACAGUAAUGGAAUAGCUUACAUUGAUCCUGCUGCUUUCUCAGGCCUCAAUAACUUAGAGGAGCUGGAUCUAUCAAACAACAGCUUGCAGAAUUUUGAAUAUGGAGUACUGGAAGAUCUAUACUUUCUGAAAAUACUGUGGCUGAGAGAGAAUCCUUGGAGAUGUGAUUACAACAUUCAUUAUCUUUUCUACUGGCUGAAGCAUCACUACGAUGUUCACUACAAUGGCCUAGAAUGCAAAAUGCCUGAGGAAUACAAAGGAUGGUCUGUUGGAAAAUACGUUCGGAGCUACUACGAGGAGUGCCCAAAAGACAAGCUGCCCAUUUAUCCAGAAACUUUUGAUCUGGACAAAGAUGAUGAGGAAUGGGAACGACACAAAGAACAAUCCGUUCAAACAGUAAAGAAACACGGUGUUAUUGUCACUGUGAUAGGCUAAUAAAGGAUUUUUUUUUAUUAUUACAUUCAAAUAUUUGAUACUCUGACUAAGGAAAACAGCUGUUUACACUCUUUUGUUAAUUAUACUGAUUGUUUGUAGGACUAUCUGCCUACAAAGAUUUCUGUAUAUUGCAGUUAAUAAUUACAAAAUGGCAUUAGUUAUACAGCAUCCUUCAUCAAGUAAUUGUUUCUGACAGUUUAUUCUGGACAUUCUUGUGAAUUAUUUUGGCAAAUAUUUGAAACUAUACAGUAGGAAUUGAAGACACAAAUGUACAUUAUGUGGUGGGGAGGAGCUGUCUUAUGUAUGAACACAGUUUAUGUGUUGACAUGUCAUUUGCUGCAGGAUUAUGACCAAGACACAUUUUUCUUGAGUGUAUUGACAGUUCUUUGUAUCUAUCAGUUUCCUGAAAUAUUCCCAGAAAACAUUUCUAAGAUUUUUCUACCA